ACAGCCAUCGCCAUCGCCAUCGCCCAGUCUGGGGGCUUGGUAUCGCGUUUUGGCACAACGCAUCAUUCGGCCCGCGAUUCGCUGAUGCAGAUACUGUAUCUGCGGGCUGCAGCUACCCGAGAAAUCCGAAAUUCGAAAUCCCGAUAUACAUACGCCUCGCCGGUCGUGCUCCACUUGUGCCCAUUGUUGGCCUGCUGUCACCGUAACUCACAAUUGAAUUGUUCCUUUGUUCUCCUGCUGCUGCUGCUGCUGCUGCUCCUGCUCCUGCUGCUGCCACAAAAAGAGACCCGCUCCCGAGUUUCGCAUAAUUGGCUGGCAAAGCCAGAGCCGCUGGCUUUCAAGUUGGCCGCCAGACCAAGUGUCGCCGGAGAAGGAUACAGAUACUACUGCUGCGUACUCUGAACUUGGUGCGGAGGAGACGGGCCGACCAUGCUGGUGCCGCCGGACAUGAUGGCCGCCCAGACGCGCAUGGUCUACCAGAUGAACCGCUUCUGCGCGGAGCGGGUGCAGGCCAGGAUGUUCAGGACGGCCUCGGCCAUCCGCGAGAUAUGCAAGAUCGUCCAGGACAUCCUCAAGGAGGUGGAGCUGCAGGAGCCGCGCUUCAUCUCCAGCCUCGUCGAGUGCAAUGGCAGGUUCGAGGGCGUGGAGGUCAUUUCGCCGAAUGAGUUCGAGAUAGUUUUGUAUCUCAACCAAAUGGGCGUCUUCAACUUCGUGGAUGACGGCACUCUGCCGGGCUGUGCCGUGCUGAAGCUGAGCGACGGCCGGAAGCGGUCCAUGUCCCUGUGGGUGGAGUUCAUCACGGCCAGUGGCUACCUGUCCUCGCGCAAGAUCCGAGCCCGCUUCCAAACGCUGGUGGCCCAGGCCUGCGACAAGAGUGUCUACCGCGACAUGGUCAAGAUGGUGGGCGACACCAGCGAGGUGAAGCUGCGCAUUCGGGAGCGCUUCGUGGUGCAGAUCACGCCCGCCUUCAAGUGCUCCGGCAUCUGGCCGAGAUCGGCGGCCCACUGGCCGGUGCCGCACCUCCCUUGGCCGCAUCCCAACAUCGUGGCGGAGGUCAAGACCGAGGGAUUCGACCUGCUGUCCAAGGAGAGCGUCGUCGUGCAGAACAAGAACAACAGUGCCGCCAGCAUGGAGGGCGACGCCUGGGUGCUCAGCUUCUUCGAGGCCGAGAACCGCCUUUUACAAGGUGGCUGCCGCCGGCGCUGCCUGAGCAUGCUGAAGACGCUGAGGGACAGGCACCUGGAGCUGCCGGGCAAUCCCAUCAGCGCGUACCACCUGAAGAACCUGCUGCUCUACGAGUGCGAGAAGCACCCGCGGGACUUCGAGUGGGACGAGGGCUGCAUCGCGGACCGCAUCAACGGGAUCUUCCUGCAGCUGAUAUCCUGCCUGCAGUACCGCCGCUGUCCGCACUACUUCCUGCCGGGCCUGGACAUGUUCAAGGGCAAGUCGCCCAGUGCCUUGGAGCAGGCGGCCAAGCAGGUCUGGCGCCUGACCAGGGAGCUGCUCACCAAUGCCAACGCCUUUGAGAAGUUGUAAGGGGCGGGGUCAGGGGUCAGGAUGGGUCGAUAGGUUAGGAUUAAGAGUUUAUCAUUUUCAGAUGGGGAGUUUCAAUAGUCACAUUUAAUUAAUAUGACUACUCUUAUACUUUUUUUACUAAAAAAAUAUUUUGAAAAUGUUUGUAUUAUUAUUUAACCAUUUUCCUUAUCUUUUAUGACCCUAACAAUCAUAUUUUUAAUGUUAUGAUUCUUUUUUUUGAGCACUAUUUACUUUAACUUUUGUUUUGAAAGAGUGUUUAAAUGUCUUAAAAUUAAGUGUUUUUUUUGGUAUAUUUUACAACCAACGUAGUUCCCCCAGCAUUUCAUUCACCAAUGUUUUUCGCAGCCAUCCCAAUAUCGACCCAUCCGAAAGGGGGCUGCUGGUUCCGCCGGAGACUCAAGAUACAGAUACAAAUGUAUAUAUAUAUCUCCUCGGCGGCCAUUUUGCGCCACGUCUGGCUGAUGGCCUGUGUGUGCGUGUGCGAAAGUGUUAAUGCCGAGAUGCGAGAUAAGUGCACUCCCCGUUCGACUCUACCCAACUCGACUCGAGAUAUAUAUCUGCCCAUCCAGGCGUCCGGGCUAAGCCUCAAAUAUUGUUUUUAAUAACUCGCCCCUCGACGCUCACGACGCGUCCUUUGUUGGCCCGGCGAACAAUGGAUUCGCCCGUUUCCGACUCCCGGACGGAUGGAAAAAAUCGAAAAACAAGCCCAGAAAAAAGAGCAUUUGUCCAGGCGGCUCCUUUUGCGCGGGGGCACACUCAACGUAUACGAUUGUUUCACAGCUCGCAGAUCCUAGAUCAAAGCGAUGUGAAACACAAAAAAUAGAAGAACUGCAGAGAGAUUCCAUUGAUCGUUCCAAGUCCGACUUACAUUGUUUUUUACUACCUACACACACAUGUCGAUGUCUAUUAUGCGAUGCCUAAAGUUUACCACGAUUAUCCACAGUUUGUUUUAAGUACAACAUAAUCCUAGAUUGCCUAAGCAAAACGAGAAAUGCUUGAAUAAAUUCGAGAUUAGCCAAAGGCAA